UCGGAAAAUCUAAGUUAACCCAAAAAAAAUCAUAUAAAAUCUAAAACCGUUGCUUUCUCACUCAGUACGUACUAUACUUUACAUGCUUGACAAUGUUGUGUGCCACUCGGCCUUGUUAUCAACAUCGCACCCAUCGGCUCUCUCUCUCUCUCCCUGAGCAAAAGACAAUCACUUGCGGUCAAAUUUCUGCAUUGAUAGAUUCUCCAUUUUCCUGCUAUUAGCAUCUGAAUCUCAAGAAUCAACCCUUUUUCCAUUGUCUUCUUCAUUUCACUUCCAUUUUCACUUUCUGAAUUCUUUAUUUAUGCUAUCUUCCACUGUUUGCCGCAGUUCGUUCGCACUGAAUAUAUCUUUGCUUGGACUUUUUCCCUUGGAGCUUAUACAUUACCUUUACACAUUUCAAUCACUCUUCUUUCCAUGCAUUUAUGCUUUUUUUCUUUUAACCGCACAUUCUUUCAUUUGAUUACAAACCCACCAAUAAACCGAGAAAAAAAUUCCAACUUUCUGUCAUUUUCUUUCGAGACUCAUACGCCUAACAAGUAUUCUUCUCUGACAAAGCCCUGAACAAAAUUAUGUCUCCAUUUUUCCAAACAAUAUCCCUCUGGUCAAUGGCGGUGGUGUUUCUGUUACGCUCGGCGGCGGCGGCGGGCGAGUGGGAAACAUGCUCGUGGAUAGUUCCGAUGAGUUACCGGAAUGACAAGAUAUCGAUAAAGGACUUUGGGGGCGUCGGAGAUGGGCGCACCCUAAAUACUAAUGCUUUCAGGGAAGCAAUUUAUCGAAUAGAGCAUUUGAGGAGGAGAGGUGGCACUCUUCUUUACAUUCCUCCUGGGGUGUAUUUAACUGGACCUUUCAAUCUCACCAGUCACAUGACUCUGUAUUUGGCCAGGGGUGCUGUUAUCAAAGCCACUCAGGAUACGAGGCACUGGCCCCUAAUUCCUCCAUUGCCUUCAUAUGGAAGAGGAAGAGAGCGACUGGGCGGAAGAUAUAUGAGCUUUAUUCAUGGAAAUGGGCUUCGAGAUGUGAUUAUCACAGGCGAGAAUGGUACAAUCGAUGGCCAAGGUGAUAUCUGGUGGAACAUGUGGAGGCAAAGAACUCUUCAAUUCACGCGUCCAAGUCUCGUUGAAUUCUUGAACUCCAGAGGCAUAAUCAUCUCCAAUGUGAUUUUCAUGAACUCCCCCUUCUGGAAUAUCCACCCGGUGUAUUGCAGCAAUGUUGUUGUUCGAUAUGUUACAAUACUGGCCCCGGCUGAUUCUCCCAACACCGACGGAAUUGAUCCAGAUUCAAGCUCCCAUGUCUGCAUAGAGGACUCUUAUAUCUCCACGGGGGAUGACCUCGUGUCUGUGAAGAGCGGGUGGGAUGAGUAUGGCAUUGCUUAUGGGCGGCCUAGCCAUGGCAUUACCAUUCGACGAGUAACAGGGUCAUCACCAUUCUCUGGAAUUUCAGUUGGGAGCGAAACCUCGGGUGGCAUAGUAGAUGUCUUGGCAGAGCACAUAAACCUGUACAACAUUGGCGUCGGGAUCCAUAUAAAAACGAACAUUGGCCGGGGAGGAAUCAUCAGAAACAUCACCGUCUCUAACGUCUACAUGGAAAACGCAAGAACGGGGAUAAAGAUUGCAGGCGACGUCGGGGACCAUCCCGACAACAGAUUCAACCCAAACGCUCUCCCAAUUGUCAGUGGCAUCAAAAUCCAGGAUGUGUGGGGCAAAAAGGUCUCGCAGCCCGGUUUCAUUCGUGGUCUCAAGAAAUCUCCUUUCACUCAUAUUUGCCUCUCCAACAUCCACCUCAAUGGCGCCUCCUCGCCUCGAAAUCCUCCAUGGAAGUGCUCCGAUGUUCACGGCGCUGCAAUCCAGGUUAGCCCAUGGCCCUGCUCAGAACUAGCAACCAACCAUAGAUAUGGUGCAUGCUCUGCCACUCUCUAACCCGCAAAAGUUGAUAGUUAGACUGCACAUUUAUUGUUAUAUUUCCGUUUUCGAAGUUUAUGUCAUUGUUGAAUUAAAUUAUAGUAUAUAUUAACCAUCCCCAUCCCAUUUUCACUUUCAUCAUUAACAAAAUUGAGUUGUGAUUUGUAUUA